AUGGGAAUUUGCACUGAUCUCCACUGUGUAAACUACAGCACUAAUUUGGAGUCAAGGGACCACCUCUCCAUGCAAUGCCCACUGGCAGCAGCUCUCUGGAAUACCAUUCUGAAGCUUAAUGGGAUGAAUUCAUCUUCCAUGACAUGGGUUGAAACGGUUUCAAAGGCUUCUUCUACAUGGAAAGGAAGGUCACUCCUUACCACCAUUUUGAAAAUUUCUUGGACUGCAUUUCUUUACUUCAUCUGGCAGGAAAGAAAUCAAAGAAUCUUCUUGGGACGUCAUAGAACGGUGGAAUGCUUGCUCAAGGAAGUUAAAGACGUUGUUGGAAUUCGUCCUAGGGGUACUAAUAUUAAUAGACUUGAUAGUACUAAUCUUAAGCUUUGUGAUGUUUGA